AAAAACCUGUGGCGGAAGGGCAUUUUUCUGCAUUCUGGAAUGAAAAAAUAAUUAAUUAAAAAUGGAUAUUGUUGAAGGUUGUAUUAAUAUUGAGGAAGAGGUACAAAGUACCUGUUAUGGAGUGAAGUUAGAAGCAAAAUCAGAAAUCUUGGACAUUUUCGAACAGUUUAUAGAUGAGGAAGAAGUUCAUGAUAGAGAGAAAUAUUUAGUUAAAAAUGAAAAUAGUAACCCAAAUUCUGUAGUUAUAGAAGGCGAUGCAAAUCAUUCACCUGCCUCUUUUACCAAAGAAAUUCAUCGAGUAUUAUAUCCGGCGGAUAAUAAAUCUCUUCCUUUGAAUAUCAAGAAUCACAUGUGUCCUUUGUGUGAUUUUGAAACCAAUGAUGAAAAAGACUUUGCGUUACAUAUUCAAUCGGUUCAUUCGAAUUAUAAGUGUGACUUAUGUGAGUAUGUUACAAGUAGAAAACAUCAUCUUGAACAGCAUGUCGACUUGGCCCAUUUAAAUAUCAAUAAAAACAACUGUAACUUAUGUGAAUAUUCUUCAAUUAAAAAAAGUGAUCUGGAUAUGCAUAUAAAAUCUGUUCAUUUGAAAAUCAAGGAAUAUAAGUGUCAUCUAUGUGAGUAUAUUGCGAGUAGAAGAGUUUACUUACAGAAUCAUAUCGAGGGUGUCCAUUUGGAUAUCAAGAAACACAAAUGUCACUUUUGUGAAUACGCUUCGAGUGACAAAAGUAACCUUGAAAUGCACAUAAAAUCGGUCCAUUUAAAAAUUAAGGAACACAAGUGUAAACUAUGCGAUUAUUCUGCAAGUAGAAAAAAUGUACUUCGAGAGCAUGUUGACUCUGUUCAUCUGAAUAUCAAAAACCACAAAUGUCACUUAUGUGAAUAUUCUGCCAGAGAGAAACGUAUCGUCCAACGACACGUGAAAUCUGUUCAUUUGAAAAUUAAGGAUCACAGGUGUCAUCUAUGUGAGUAUUCUACAAGUAGAAGAAAUGCACUUCAAAAACAUGUCGACUCUGUUCAUCUGAAUAUCAAAAACCACAAAUGUCACUUGUGCGAAUAUACUGCCAGUGAGAAACGUAGCAUUCAACUACAUGUAAAGUCUGUUCAUUUGAAGAUCAAGGAUCACAAGUGUCGGCUAUGUGAAUAUAGUGCCAGUGAGAAAAGUUUCAUCCAAAGACAUGAAAAAUUUGUUCAUUCUAAAAUUAAAGAACACAGCUGUCACUUAUGCGAAUAUGCUGCGUGUAGCAAACAAGCCCUUGAAAAACACAUAAAAUCCGUUCAUUUGAAAAUUAAGGAUCACAAGUGUCAUCUAUGCGAAUAUGUUGCCAGUGAGAAAUGUCUCAUUCAACGACAUAUGAAAUCCGUUCAUUUGAAAGUUAAGAAACACAGCUGUCACUUAUGCGAGUAUGCUGCGUGUAGCAAACGAGCCCUAGAAAAACACAUAAAAUCCAUUCAUUUGUAAAUUUAGGAACACAAGUGUGUUUGAAAAGUAUCUUCAAAAUCAUGUAAUAUCUGUUUUUUAAAUAGUAAUGGCGAGUUUAUACAGAGCUACUAAGAACUACUACCUAAGAAAGCGACCAAUCUAAUGCCAUUUGUCCCUUCUUAGGUUCUUAGUAACUCUGCAUAAACGCACCAUCAGUAACAAUUAUUAUUUAUGUAACUAUUCUACAAAUAAAUCAGGUUAAUUAUGGAAGCAA